AAACCCACAUGGCAGAGAGAGAAAUCCUGAAGGACAAGAUUUUCCAUAUCUCUGAAUUGAAGUUUCUCAAGUCUCAGAUUAUAUUCAAACCACAAAUUAGUUUAAAAUAAAAGCUACAUGAUCAGCAGCCAUCUAAUAAGAAUAAGCUGGUUUUCUUCAUAGAGAAGGAGAGAAGAGACCCCAUCAAAGAUUCAAAUUUUUAGUCCCCAAACACAGAAGAUUAUCUGUUGAAAGUUCUAAUAGAAAUUGAGGUAAAAAAAGACAGUUUGAUUUGCAGAAGAAGAAGAAGAAGAAUGGUUUGAAGAAGGAAUUUGUGAAUGGGGAGCCAAAGAGUUGAAGAAACUGUUCCUUCUUCAACCCAUCAUCAUCAUCAUCAUCUUCCAUAUAAUUCACUUCUUUAUGGAAUCAACAACAAUAAUCUUUCCUCCACUUUGAUCAAUCAUGAUGGGCAAUCUUUUGAUUUUGGAGAAUUGGAACAAGCAAUUGUGCUACAAGGACUCGAAGCGAAGAACUAUAAACUCGAUCAUCACGAACCUAAACAAAGCUUUUUCUCAGGCAAGCCUGCAGCAACUCUGGAAAUGUUCCCUUCUUGGCCAAUCAAAUACCAACAAACUUCAAGAGGAAUUAGUUUGAGAAGAAGAGAAGAGAGCACAGAUGAGUCAGGAUCAGCUGUGAACACUCAUACAAUAAGCAAAUCUAACCAUCAUCAUCAUUAUAAUCAAGAGGGGGAUUUGGAAUUGGAAAUAGAACAAGAAGAAUCUGAUCAGAUGAGUAAAAAAGGUUGUUCUUCAUCUUGUUCUUCAGGUCAAGAUCAGUGCUUUAUUCAGAAGCAUCUACCGCUGGUUCAACCUGAACAAAUGUUCACUGAUAUUUCAACAACUGCACUUUCAUCUCAACAUCAAUCCCUUCAACAAAAGAGAAAAGGAUGUGGUUCCAUUUCAACAUCACAGAAACAACUUGACGCUAAGACAUUGAGACGUUUAGCUCAGAACAGAGAGGCUGCGAGGAAAAGUCGACUAAGAAAAAAGGCUUACGUACAGCAACUUGAGAGUAGUAGAAUCAAGCUUACCCAGCUUGAGCAAGACCUUCACCGCGCACGAUCUCAGGGUUUGUUUUUAGGUGCCUGCGGUACUGGCGGCGGCAUUGUCAGCCCCGGAAGUGCAAUGUUCGAUAUGGAAUAUGUAAGGUGGUUGGAAGAAGAGCAUCGACACACAGUGGAGCUGCGUGGGGGAUUGGAGGCAUGUCUACCAGACGUGGAGCUGAGAGUGAGGGUAGACGCCUGCAUUUCCCAUUACGACCAAAUUUUUCGAUUGAAAGGAGAGGCUGCUAAGUCCGACAUCUUCCAUCUCAUCACUGGAAUCUGGAUGUCUCCGGCCGAGCGUUGUUUCAUCUGGAUCGGUGGAUUUCGACCCUCCGAUCUCAUCAAGAUGUUAAUGUCACAAUUAGACCCCAUAACAGAGCAACAAGUGAUGGAGAUUUACAAGCUACAACAUUCGUCGCAACAGGCUGAAGAUGCUUUAUCUCAAGGCCUUGAUCAGCUCCACCAGUCUUUGACCGAUUCCGUCGCUGGUGGUCCCGUCAUCGACGGCAUCAACCACAUGGUUUUGGCCAUGGACAAGCUCUCUAGUCUCCAAGGCUUUCUCCAUCAGGCAGAUAUUUUGAGACAACAAAUGCUUCAUCAACUACGUAGAAUACUCACUAUCCGACAAGCAGCGAGAUGUUUUCUAGUAAUUGGUGAAUAUUACAGUAGAUUACGAGCCCUAAGCUCCCUAUGGUCCUCUCGUCCAAAGGAGGGUGAAGAUAAUUCAUGCCAAACAAGUACGCAUCAUCAAGGGCAUAUGGUUCAACCUUUGCACCAUCGUUUCUCAAGCUUCUAAUCAUCUCAUUAAAUGGAAGCCUCUGAUUUCCUCACCCCUCUUCUUCUCAAUUGUUGAGGAUUUUUUUUAAUCAACUUUUACUACUACUUUUGGUUAAUGUUAAAUAUCUCUUGGUAUCAA